UCCAAGAGGAGAGGACAGGUUACUUUGUGUCCCACAGAUGGUUGGCAUGAAGAAAGGAUUUUGGUUGUUCACCUCAGUUAGCAAGUAUCGACAUGUAUCAGGUGGAGGUGCUCAGGAUUCCAAGAUGGCCGCAGUAGAUGGUGAGCAGUCCUCCGGGUUGAAAGCGUUGGUGACCAAUCAGAUCUUGAUUUCCUGGUUUAAAGCACUUCCAAGGAACUGAGUGCAACUCAAACAACUCGCCCUGGCACCAAGAGCAGACUGAAUUCCUGGACAUGCACACACUCAUCCUUGACUUUUAGAGAACUCUGCAUUUACCCCUCAGUUCUGAGCAAUGGCAGAUAAGGAGCUCGCCAGAGUGCGCACCAAUUUUGUGGCAAAGGUGUCAAAAACUGUAAUCAAGCAACUCCUGGACGAUCUUAUGGAGGAUUGUUUGCUGAAUGAUGAGGAGGUAGAUUCUGUGCUCGAGGACAACACUGGUAGGGCAGACAUGGCUCGCUGCCUCAUCGACAAAGUAAAAAGAAAGGGGGACAAAGCCAGCAGGAAGAUGAUUGAGCACAUUGAAAACAGAGAUUCUGCACUUUACGCUGAACUUGAGCUGUCCUCUGGUCCAAAACCAGUUGCAGCUCCUAAGAAGCAGAAAACCUGGUCAGACAAACUAGUCCCCAUGACGGAUUCCUCGCGGCAGGAAAAAAUGAAUGAUUCAGAUAUUUACAAGGUGUCCGAAACUUCCCUAAAAAGUCGUGUUGCUCUCUUAAUCACCAAUAGAAAUUUUACUGACAAUAACUUAACCAGAAAGGGAGCGGAGAAAGAUGAGGAGAACAUGGAGGAACUUCUCAGUUCCCUGCAAUAUGAGGUGGUGAAACACAAUGACCUUACUGCAAAGAGGAUAAAUGAGGCUCUGCGUAAUUUUAAAGAGCACCCAAAGCUCAGCAAUACAGACAGCGUGUUUGUGGUGAUCAUGUCUCACGGAAAACGAGAAUUUGUCCUUGGCGUCAAUCACAGCAACGAAAAGCCAGACGAAUUCCCCAUUGACAACAUCUACAAAUACCUGGGUCCACAAGAAUGCCCUGCCUUGAUGAACAAACCAAAGAUCAUCAUCAUCCAGGCCUGCAGAGGAGGGUCUAGAGGAUCGGUGAUAGUAAGUGACAGCGCUUCAGCUGAGACGGUCUCUGAUGACGUUUCACAGCAACAGCCUGCUAGUGUGGGCAACAUUGUUGAUGAUGCCAUCCGAUACGUUCACAAAGAAAAGGACUUCAUUUCUCUCCUGUCCAGCACUCCUGAUACCGUCUCAUACAGAAGAGAGGAUUUGGGCUCCUUCCUCAUCCAGUACAUCGCUGAAGUCUUCAACACUUGCUCCCAUGAGGAUGAUAUUGAUGAACUUUUCAGAAAGGUCAUGCAACGCUUUGAAGAGUUUCCUGAUGAAACCAAAAGACAAAUGCCAACAAAAGACAGAUGCACCCUAACCAGGCGCUUCUACCUUUUCCCCGGCCACUGAGACAGAAACGUUUGGGUAAUGCCUGUGUGACAUGGAUGUGAAAGAAAAUCCUGUUGGUUGAUCUCUGUCUUGUCUGAUUGCACAAUGACUCCAAAGUUUCUUUAGGAAAUUAAAACAACCCAACUCCCUGUCAUUUGUUUUGUGAAGAAAACAAAGUUUCUAAAUGUUCAUGUUUAUUUUUUUUCUCUAUGAUGAGUCAAAAGAAGAUCAAAGUUGCCUAAAAGUAGAAGCGUAAUAGACAACACACCCUGACCGUCUUGUCUAUCAGUAGAGUUCCCUCUCUGAAUGACUAAUAAUGUGAAAUGAA